CCAGGGGAAGAGGCUGCUCUUGUUUUGGGGACCCGAGGAGAAGGGAAGCAAGCGCCCCUGCCGGAGAUGGGUCCUGCUGGAGUGGGCCUAAGGGCCGCUGUCCUCUGCCUCGUGGCCUGGGCCGGCCUGGCCGCUGGGGACCGAGUGUACAUCCACCCCUUCCACCUCCUAGUCUACAGCAAGAGCAGCUGUGAGCAGCUGGAGAGACCCGGCCCAGAGAUGCCCGAGGAGCAGACCUUCACGCCCGUCCCGAUUCAGGCCAAGACGUCCCCAGUGGACGAGGAGGCGCUCCGGGAGCAGCUGGCCCUGGCCGCCGGGAAGCUGGAGGAGGAGGACAGGAUGCGGGCGGCUAAAGUGGGCACGAUGCUCAACUUCCUGGGCUUCCACAUGUACAGGGCGCUGGGCGAGUCCGGGAGCGCGGCCAGCGGGACUGUCCUGUCCCCCACGACUCUCUUCGGCACGCUGGCCUCUCUCUACCUGGGCGCGCUGGACCCCACGGCUGGCAGACUGCAGGCCUUCCUGGGCGUCCCCGGGGACGACCAGAGCUGCACCUCCCGGCUGGACGGCUACAAGGUGCUGUCCGCCCUGCAGACCAUCCAGGGCCUUCUGGUCGCCAAGGGUGAGGCCGGCAGCCGGUCCGCACUGCUCCUCUCCACCGUGCUGGGCCUGUUCACAGCCCCUGGCCUGCGCCUGAAGCAGCCUUUUGUGCGGGGCCUGGCGCCCUUUGCCCCCGUCACCCUCCCGCGCUCUCUGGACUUGUCCACGGACCCGGAUCUUGCUGCUGAGAAGAUCGACAGGUUCAUGCAGGCAGUGACAGGGUGGAAAAUGGACAGACCCCUGUCAGGAGUCAGCCCAGACAGCACCCUGCUUUUCAACGCCUAUGUCCACUUCCAAGGACAGCUGAAGGGCUUCUCCCUGCUGGGGGGACUGCAGGAGUUCUGGGUGGACAAUGCCACCUCGGUGUCGGUCCCCAUGCUCUCGGGCACGGGCACCUUCCAGCACUGGAGCGACGUCCAGAACAACCUCUCCAUGACCCGGGUGCCCCUCAGCAAGAGCGCCUGCCUGCUGCUGGUCCAGCCCCACGGCACCUCCGGCCUGCAGAAGGUGGAGGCCGUCACCUUCCAGCACAAAUUCCUGACGUGGUUGAAGAACCUGUCUCCCCGGACCAUCCGCCUGACCGUGCCCCAGCUGACACUGCGAGCCUCCUAUGACCUGCGGGACCUGCUGGCCCAGGCCAAGCUGCCUACCCUGCUGGGGGCCGAGGCAAACCUGGGCAAAAUCAGCAAUGAUGAUCUCCGAGUCGGAAAGGUGCUGAAUAGCAUCCUUUUGGAACUAAAAGCAGACGAGGGAGAGCAGCCCACAGAGUCUGCCCCACAGCCGGAUGGGCCCAAGGCCUUGGAGGUGACCUUAAACCGCCCGUUCCUGUUUGCCAUUUACGAGCAUGACUCCACUGCCCUGCACUUCCUGGGCCGUGUGACCAACCCGCUGAGCGCGGUGUGA